GUGUUUCGUCGUCUCGUGAAUUCGACGGUAGAUGUCACUGAUAAAUCACGUGAAAAGGUAUGGAAGGUCUUGGCAUCUUGUUGUAACGAUUUAAAAACAGUUCUAUUUGAGCUAUAUUUUUCAAAUUUAAUCUUACACAAACUUCAUAAUUGAGUAAUUUUUAUUCAAAAGUCACAACCAUUUUGGAAAAUGUCUGAAUACUGGUUGAUUUCGGCACCUGGAGACAAGACCUGCCAGCAGACAUGGGAAGCCCUUGACAAUGUUACGAACAAACAACAAAAUUUGUCUGUCAAUCACAAAUUUCAUAUUCCGGAUCUAAAGGUUGGAACCCUUGAUCAAUUGGUCGGCCUGUCUGAUGAUUUGGGCAAAUUAGACAACUUUGUUGACACAGUCACUCAUAAAGUUGCAAAUUAUUUGGGAGAAGUUCUUGAAGAUCAACGUGACAAACUUCAUGAGAAUUUACAAGCCAAUAAUGGUGACCUUCGCAGCUACAUCACGAGAUUCCAGUGGGACAUGGCUAAGUAUCCGAUCAAGCAGUCGCUGCGAAACAUCGCUGACAUCAUCAGCAAACAGAUCGGACAGAUUGAUGCCGACUUGAAGACCAAGUCCACCGCUUACAAUAAUCUCAAGAGUAACUUGCAGAAUAUGGAGAAGAAACAAACUGGAAGCCUUCUGACCCGCAACCUGGCGGAUCUCGUGAAAAAGGAAUAUUUCAUUUUGGACUCUGAGUACCUCACAACAUUGCUUGUUGUAGUGCCAAAGUCGAACUUUAAUGAUUGGAACGGCGGUUAUGAGAAGUUGACCGAAAUGAUAGUGCCUCGCUCCACGCAGCUGGUGCACCAAGAUAACGACUUUGGUCUUUUCACCGUAACACUCUUCAAGAAAGUUGUCGAAGAAUUCAAGCUGCACGCAAGAGAAAAGAAAUUCAUUGUCAGAGAAUUCACUUACAAUGAGGAGGAGUUGGCAGCUGGCAAGAAUGAAAUUACCAAACUCGUAACUGAUAAGAAGAAGCAAUUUGGACCACUGGUGAGAUGGCUGAAAGUGAACUUCAGCGAGUGCUUCUGCGCUUGGAUUCACGUCAAAGCACUCAGAGUGUUUGUAGAGUCCGUCCUCAGGUAUGGGCUGCCGGUGAACUUCCAAGCAAUGCUUCUUCAGCCUAACAAGAAGAACACAAAGCGGCUGAGAGAUGUGCUGCAUGGCUUGUACGGCCAUCUGGACAGCAGCACUCAGCAGGGGGCUCAGCAUGAUAGUGUGGACAUUCCAGGUCUUGGAUUCGGGCAGAGUGACUACUUUCCCUAUGUCUACUACAAAAUCAACAUCGACAUGGUUGAAAAUAAGGUUUAAAAAUUAUGAUUAUUCUGAAAUUUCAAACCCAUUGACACAACAUGGAAGAUGAUAUUAUUUGUUUUGAACAUUCCGUCACAAUUCUUAUUGACACUACAAAGUGAUUAUUAAUAAAUAAUUAUAAAAAAACUAUUGUAGCGUUUAGAUCGGCAAUAAAGAGUAAAUUACUCGUUUGGUUCCAAGGGUUUAAUAUCAGCUUACUGUAUUAUCAAACAGUAACAUAUAUUUAUGUUUUAUUUGCCACUUAUUGUCUCGGUAAUUGAUUUAUCAUCAAUUCUAAAUUGAAGAAUAAUUACUAUUACUGAGGAAAAUUUGUUGUGAAAAUGGGUAAUAUAAUUAUUAUAUCUCAGAAUUCAGUAUUUCUGCAUUAAAUCGAUGCAAAUUGAUUCGUAAAUUUUGUUUCAGUGAAAAUUACUCUAAUAAUGUUAUUAUUAUAUUGUUAUUGCCUUGUGAAAUGGUUUUCAAACGUUCAGAUCAACUUUUAGAAAAAUAGUAGAUGAUAGUAUAAUAUCUGUUAUUACAUAUAUAUUUUAUCUAGAUGUAAUAUAAAUGUUAUAUCACUAACGAAAGAUUGGAAUGAGCUAUAACUAUAUAUAUUUGAUUAUAGAUGUUUGAAAACUUCAAUAAAAUUAUUCGUUUACUUGUAACAUGAAAUUGAAUAACUACUGGAAGUCGCUUAAUAUUUCAGCAACAUUUUUCAAUGGCAUUUCAUGUUGCAAUUGAAUUAAUAAUCGUAGAUCGUCAUUCUAUCCGAAAAUGAAGGAAGUUAUUCGAUGUCAAUAUAAAGAACAAUAAAAAUGUCAUUGUACAGUAUACAUAAUUUUUCGCGAAAAUGUAUUUCAUGUAGUUGUGUGAGAUCUUGAUUGUAAGGCUUUUUAAGUGUGUAAAAUGACUAAAAUUUACUUUUUGAAGCUAGAAAGUAGAACAAUUCUUUCGAUUAAGAAAUAAUAAUUAAUCUAUAAACUAGAUUCCUUAGAUUCCUCAAUAAAUCCUCAAGUACCCAGGAAAUCCACUGUUGUGUUUUUAACUGCAAUGAAUAGAAAGCUGGUUUUGCUUCAUGUCUUCUUUCAGCGAAUCUAAAUAUGUACCUACCUAAAUUGCUUGAUCUUAACAAAUUUAUUAAGAAAUAAAUUAUUAUUUGUAUAAUGUACAUUAAUGAAUUUUAAAUUCUAUAAUCUCUAUUAAUUUACAGAAAAACAGCGUUAUUCCUAGAAAUCAAUUCUUUAUAACAUUGAAAGAUUCUAUUUACAUUAAUUGUAAACGCACAUGUUGAACUCCUUAUUAAAAUUAAGUAUUGUGAUUUUAUCCAGCUUGCAAACCGAAUGAACUACUACCAUGGCAGCUCGAGGGAUUGUUUUUCAAAUAAUAAUUCUAAUAUUACUUUCUUGGAAUGUUUUCGUUUUUAUUUGAAACGAUCUUAUCAAAUAUUCAUUUUACAAUUAGUUUUUUAUUCCCACGUUAAACUCAAAGUAAGGUGGACAAUGCAAAAGUGUAUAUCAACUGGAUUUUCAAUUGUCAAAUUAAUGUAAAAUUUGUACUCAUAUAUUAAAACUUAAAAUCGAUUAUUGAUUUUACAUUCAGUAAAUAAUUUUACUUUGUAAAAUUGUGAUAUAAAAUGUUAAUCACAUGUUUAUAAUACUGUAUUAUCUAAAUUGAGAAUAUACGUAUAUUAUUGAAUAUAGUUAUUUUAAAAUUCAAAUUAAUUAUUGCUAUUAGAAUUACAUUUAGAUCAACUUUACCAUUCUUGUGUAAAUAAAAUUGAUCAUCAAAUAAUUAUUUUCUGAAAAUAAUAUUGAAAUGUUAAUAAGUUUAAAAUUUCUCUGGGAAUUAUUGCAAUGUAAAUUAUUACUUUCCCAAGUAGCCAUUUGAAAUAUGUAAAUAUUUACAUUCCAACCAUUAUUUAGUAAUGUGUGUAGAUUCACCUAGAGUUGUCAAUAAAUAGUAUGUUGGUGAUAA